GCCUACAGACAGUUCGCCGCUGAUUUUCUUCGCCUCUCGUCGGCGUACGCUUGUAUCGUGGCCACGGCUACUUAAAUAUUCUUCUUGUGUUCGCUUUCUCUCUCUCUCUCUCUCUCUCUCUCUCUCUCUCUCUCUCUCUCUCUCUCUCUCUCUCUCUCUCUCUCUCUCUCUCUCUCUCUCUCUCUCUCUCUCUCUCUCUCUCUCUCUCUCUCUCUCUCUCUAGAUAGCUAGCUCCGCCGCCGAUUUUAACGCGGAGUUAAAAAGUAUUUUCCAGUAAGUGUGCGUGUGCGACCGCGCGUGUGCUUUUCUUCGUGUGACAAUAAACAUUGAGCUGUGUAGUGAAGACACAAGUCGCGGGUAUAUGUAUACGUGUAAGCCUGUCCAGUCUGGCUCUCCAAGCUCGUCAAGAUGUCUGUGAAGAUGAUGAGGUACAAACAGGCAGAAUUUGAGGACGAUAACAGCAGCAGCAUUGGCUCGGUUGUAUUGAACAGCGAUGGGAUCAGCACGUCUGCAACUCACAUACGAUACCGUUCGGGCUCGUCGUUGUGGCGAGCAAGAAGCACGCUGGAAAGAUGUCUCUUCGUUAUUUGUGCGGCAUUACUACUUAUGGUCCUCGUACUCUCAAUAGUAAUCAGCAGUAAAAAUGGAUGGGAUGAGGCUCAAGUUCUUCAUAUCACAUCGCAUAACGAAGACGGCUCUCACUGCAUUACGGAGCACUGCGUAACCGUAGCGGCGUCGAUAAUAAACAGUAUAGACCAGUCCACCAAUCCAUGUGAUGAUUUCUAUCAGUAUGCGUGUGGUGGGUGGAUUAAGAAGAAUCCCAUACCCGACGGAAAGAGCAUGUGGGGCACGUUCGGGAAACUCGAGCAAGACAAUCAAUUGGUAGUGAAGAAUGUUCUAGAGAGGCCUUAUGCCAGCAUGAAGUCAAACACCGAGAAAAAAGCGCAACAGUAUUAUACAUCCUGUAUGGAUGCAAAUGAAACAAUAGAGGCUCUAGGUGCCAAGCCCAUGCUUGACUUGCUUGACAACAUCGGCGGUUGGAGCAUAAAUGGAAAAUUUAAUGUCAGCGCGUGGUCGCUUCAAAAUAGUAUGCACGUGCUGCAAAAUGAGUACAACAUGGGCGGAUUGUUUUCCUGGGCAGUAAACGAAGAUGACAGAAAUAGCAGUAGGCACAUUAUUCAAAUUGAUCAAGGUGGUUUAACGUUGCCAACAACUGACAACUACUUAAACAAAACUGAGCACGGUAAAGUUCUAGCAGCCUAUUUAGAUUAUAUGACCAAGAUUGGAGUUUUAUUAGGGGGCGAAGAAAAUUCCACUAGAAAGCACAUGCGAGAUAUAAUUGAUUUUGAAACGAAGUUAGCAGAAAUCACAACGCCGCAAGAAGAUAGAAGGGACGAAGAAAAAUUAUAUAACAUUAUGACGAUAAGCGAACUCCAACAGAAAGCUCCAUUUAUGUCAUGGUUUGACUAUUUCCAAAAUGCCACUCGUCUCGUCAAUAAGAAAAUUACUAUCAAGCUGAAAAUAGUCAAUUACGCGCCGGAGUACUUUGCAAAAUUAACGAAGCUCGUGCAGCAGUACAACAAAACGAACGAAGGAAAAGUUAUCCUGAAUGAUUACCUCGUGUGGCAGACGGUGAGGUCGCUCACUUCAUGUCUAUCCAAACCAUUUAGAGACGCUUACAAAGGUCUGCGGAAGGCCUUGAUCGGCUCCGAGGGCAGAGAGGAACAGUGGCGGUAUUGCGUGAACGAUGCCAACAAUGUCAUGGGCUUCGCCAUCGGUGCUAUGUUUGUCCGAGAAGUCUUUCAUGGCAAAAGUAAACCCAUGGCAGAGAAAAUGAUCAACGAGAUAAGGACAGCGUUCACGAAAAAUUUAAAGAACUUAGAUUGGAUGGACGCGGAAACGCGAAAAUCAGCCGAGGAAAAGGCGAAUGCUAUUACAGACAUGAUUGGAUUUCCCGAUUUCAUCUUGAACCCAACCGAACUCGAUGAACGAUACCAAGAUCUGUCAAUAAAGCCAAAUGAAUAUUUUUUCAACAACAUUCGCGUUAAUAAGUACAAUUUAAAGAGGAAUCUCGAAAAACUCGAUCAACCAGUGAAUAAGACUUCGUGGAUCAUGACGCCGCCAACGGUAAAUGCUUAUUAUACCCCAACAAAAAACCAGAUUGUCUUCCCGGCUGGCAUAUUACAAAGUCCUUUUUACGACAUGAAAAAUCCAAGUAGUUUGAAUUUUGGUGGAAUGGGCGUCGUAAUGGGACACGAGCUUACGCAUGCCUUUGAUGAUCAAGGACGGGAAUACGACCUACAUGGCAAUCUUCAUCAAUGGUGGAACAACGAAACUAUAGAGAGGUUUAAGGAAAGGACUGAGUGUUUUGUCGAUCAAUAUAGCGAAUUCGAAAUUGAAGGCCGGCAUGUGAAUGGCCGGCAAACACUGGGGGAGAAUAUUGCCGAUAAUGGCGGCCUUAAGGCUGCGUACCAUGCAUACUUGACGACGGUAAAAGACUAUAAGGAUCAACUGCCGUUACCUGGACUUAAUUUGACGCAUCGUCAGUUAUUUUUCCUUAAUUUUGCUCAGGUGUGGUGCUCUGCCGUGACGUCCGAAGCGAUCGGUCUUCAGAUUGAAAAGGACUCCCAUUGUCCGGCCAAGUUCAGGGUCAUUGGGCCCUUGUCGAAUCUCGACGAGUUCUCUGCCGAAUUCAACUGUCCUAGGGGCACGAGAAUGAAUCCGGUCCACAAGUGCGAAGUAUGGUAAUGCGUUUGCAUGCUUGAUUCGCUAAACUUUUUUAAGAGACCUUCCAGAGGCUUUAAUCAAUCAGGUACGGCUCACGCAGCUUCCACUGCGAUUGAAUUUCAAUAAAGGGUUGGAUUUUAAAUCGAGGUCCAAAUUAUAAUGUUUGAUACAACGUAAAGGCUGCGUUGGCUGUAUACUGGUGAUAAUCCAAACAGGAACUUACAGACGAAUUUAAGCGGUAUAUCUAUACGUUUUACCUGUACGUACCAUGAGCUGGUCAUAGAGGGGUGAAACGAGAUUCUCUCUCAAUUGAUCAUUAGAAUCCAAUUAAUGAAAAAUUGUAAUAUGAUGCGUCAGUCAGUAAUUGCACAUUUUUCGCGUUCCGCCAGAAAUUUUGACAAAACGCUUGAUCUCGUUUAUGGAGUUUAUGGAAGAAAAGGGUAUAUGUACCAUGGAACUCUGCUUCUUCGAGACAAACAAUUAAGGGGUUGAACAAAAUCUAAAGUUUUGUUUGCUCCAUGCAGAAGCGAUUUUGUACAACAACAAUACCUGUAUAUGAAAUUGUAUUACUUUGCUAUUGUAUACGAUUUGCAAUUGAUAGUUUAAACCUUUGCCCUUUUCCACUUUUAUACUCAAAAAAUACUAUACAGUAUAUCAUUCUUGCUCUUCCUAUUUUCUGAAACUUAAUACGACUUAGAUAAAUGAAGAUAAAUAGUAAAAGUAGAAAAAGUGGAAAAUUUUUUGAAAACAGUUACACCGUACAAACUCUAUACAAAAAUAACCCUACACGCUAUACAAAAUAAUUCUACACAGGAAAUAACUGCACGGAAACAUUCUACACAGAUAUUUACUGCACGGAAAUUCCCUACACACAUUUUCGGUAAUUUUAAUACACCGCAAAACUCUACACAAUCGUAAAACCUAUUGUUGUCCACAAUGUAUAAUAAUAGGUUAUAUGAUUGUGUAGAGUUUUGCGGUGUAGUAAAAUUACCGAAAAUUUGUGUAGGGAAUUUCCGUGCAGUAAAUAUCUGUGUAGAAUUUUUCCGUGCAGUUAUUUCCUGUGUAGAAUUAUUUUGUGUAGCGUGUAGGGUUAUUUUUGUGUAGAGUUUGUACGAUGUCAAAACAGUCGUCUCGUUGAAGCAGAGUAAACUUAUAGUCAAAGUGCCGCCGAGUUAUUUCUGCAGGCAGGAUAGAUGAUAAGCUUAAAAAAAUUAUUUUAAAAUAAUAUCGAUGUGAUGAAUAUAUUAAUAUUUUAAUUAUUAUAUUGAUUAUUGAUAACUCAUGUUCUAAAGUGUAAAAAUUUCAGGUGUAUAUUCAUACCUAACGUAUUUUAAAAGAAAAUCAAAUUUUGAUGAUUAUUCUUACUGCUUUCAUUUAUUUGUCAUAACUGCUGCGAAUAUUCUACCAACACUAAAUUGAAAAAUUAAUGAUAUAAACAGAAUUUAAAUAGUUUAGGAUACUAACAAUCGAAUAGAAUUUUUGCGCAAGUAUAUACUGUGAUAGUCAAACCAAUAUGUAAAACGUACUGCGAAUUGAACGUGGCGAUAUAUAAAUAACUUGGUUCAACAACAUAUUUUAUACUAAUAUAUUUGAAUAUAACGGGAUUUUGAUUAUUUGUUACGAUAAAAUGCAAUCAAUUUAAUUGUAGUUAAUUAAUAAGUUACACAGACGAUCAAUUGAGAAAACUUUUAUAAUAGUCGAAAUUGAAGAAGAUGUAGGUAUUUCUUUGAAUCGAGAAAGAAGAACCCAAAAUUUUGGAGUGAAAAUACUUUGCAGUUUAUUCAUAUUAUCUAUUACAAUACAAAUUAUAUAAGAAAUAAAAGACGGAUAACGAAUUAUUUGUUUUAUAAUUUCUCAAAUUUUCAACGCAUUUUAUAUUUAAUAUAAGAACAUUAAAAAUUCAUUGAUAAGGAACAAUGUAUUAUUAACAGCCAUUAUACUUAUAGGUAUUGUUUUGAAAUUUAAAAAGAUUUCGUAUGCGAUUGAAAGUAAAGACUCUUAAAAAAUCAAUUACUACACUUGAAGAAAUAUUUAAGUUUUAUGUUUUUUUAUUCUCAGUCAUCAUAUGCCGAUGAUAAAUAGUCAAACAAAAUAACUUAGCCAACCAUUGACUAUAGUGUUUCAAAGUUAUAGUCAAACCGAUGUUUUAUUCCUGCGUAAAUAGACAGUGAUUAAAAUAACAAAAAUUGUAAAAAGAGAAACAGAGUUCAGAACUAUUGCUAGUCGAACGAAUAAAACCGUAGUAUAUAAACCAUAAAAAGAAAUUAAGUAAAUCGUUACGACGAUUUAUGUAUUCAAUGCGAUUUGUAGGCCUUAAAAUGUACGCAGUGAGAUGUGAAUAAGUAUGUGAAUUUGUUAAAAUGUGUUAAUUGUACAUUGAUCAUAAUUGGAUAUAAAAAGAUAACGUCUCUGCUACAUUGUCGAGAGCUAUGAACAAUAAGGUUUUGACGUUAUAUAUAUAAAAUAUAUUGUUGUGUAUAAUUUAUGUAUUAUUUGAUAUAAAAAUACGAAAGUGAUACGUCUAUGAUGUAUGUAAUUAUUUUUUGGUAUUUUACUUGUACGUCAUGUACUUAGCUUAAAUUACAUUAAUGUUGACAUAUUUAAA